AUGGCUGCUUUCAUUAUGCACAAUCCUCCACAGAGAUCCCCUUUUGCUAAAGCUGCACUCAAGAUGCUAGAAAGCAUCAACAAAUUGGAACAUUUUAUCGUGAAGCAUUGGAAAGAUUAUGUUGAUUUGUAUCACGCAACUGAGCAAGAAAGGACAACAUUGAGCAUGAAGUGGAUUUGCUUUGUGCUGAAAUUAGCUUUUUUUGUGAAAGCAUGCAAGGAUCAGAUUGAUAUUCCUAAGAGUAGAAUACAUGAUGAGGAGAGUGAUGGAAACUCAACCAGAUGGCUUUCUGUGAGACACGAUAGCUCUCAUGCAGAUGUUAUAGCUCACAAGCAUGGCAUGUUGCAGAGCCUAGUCAUAUUUCUCUGA